AUGUCCGUCUUCUUCUGCAGCUCUCCCUCGACGGCCCGUUCUCUCGUCACGAAGGUAGCAGCACAUCGACGAGUGCUUUCGUUCCUAUAUCCAAUUGACUCUCUGCGUAAUUCGCGACCUUCAAAACGCAAGCGACGUCCUCAAGCUGUUCGCGAGAUGGUGUCCACAACCACUCCGAAUUUCGAAUCAUGGUUUAUCAAUUCCCUAGCCAACGCUGGCAAUUGCAAUAAACACAACUUGAAACCCCUCCAUCCCACCUCUUUUUUCUCAUCUCGGCGACCAGAUUUAUCAGCCAAGAGACGACAAAUUCACAAUCUUACGCCUCAGCGGCAGCAUGCUACGAAAGAUAUGGAACCCAAAAAUAUCGGAGAUGAGGAUAGCGAGCCCAAUCGAACAAAAGAAGAGCUCAUGGAGUUGGUGGACCAGUAUGACGGGGAAUCUUUGACCGGUCAGCUGCCGAUACCAGACCUAGAGCUCCCGAGUCUCUAUCAACCCAGCGAUGGACCAAAUCUCACCGUUUCUGACAAGGAGGAAGACGAAUGGCCACCCCCGCAUUAUGCCUGGCGUGCAAGCCCGGAAACUGAAAAGAAGCUCGACCGUCUAGAGCUGCUUCUUUCAGAAAAGAACCCAGAUCCAGAUUUAGCAUACCAAAUUUACAGAGAUCUACCAAAGCCGGGAGUCCCGUACCUUGAUUCAGGCACCAGACAUAAAUUCCUACGUUGUCUAUAUACGGUGGAAAAAAAGGACGAACAGUCCAUGUUGCGAUAUUUGUCUGUUAUUGAUGAUAUGAAGAAUACGGCCAUACCUUUGCGAUCGACGGAAUGGAAUAGUGCCAUCUCGUUUGUAGCACGGUAUGUUGACCGGUCUACAGAGGUCGAAGUUGAGGCUGCAUUGCAUAUGUGGAGAGAUAUGGAGCAUUCUGCUGGGAUCAAGGGCACUGCUACCACUUUUAAUAUUCUUUUUGACGUGGCCUGUAAGGCAGGGAAAUUUGUUCUGGCAGAGAUGAUCUACAAAGAAAUGCUUACUCGUGGUUUGGAGUUUGAUCGUUUUCAUCAUGUCAGUUUGAUCCAUUAUCAUGCUCUUAAAAGGAAUGGCGAUGGUGCGAGAGCGGCAUACAAAGCUCUCGUUGAAGCUGGAGAAAUCGUUGAUACAAUCGUCUUGAAUGCUAUGAUUGCCGCUCUGGUUUCAUCCUAUGAGGCGAACGCUGCCCAUAACAUAUAUCAUCGGAUGAAGAAGAUGUAUUUGGAGCAGCCCGAGCCCAAACUGGCGCCGCGCCACUAUCUCAAACAGCGAGAGAUUACUAGGAGAUUGAAAGAAAUAGCCCUAGUCACGAAAACGGAUCUUGCCAGUAGAAAAUUGCACCAGAGGAAUUCCAUCAUCGCACCGGAUCUUCACACUUACCAAAUCCUUGUGAGGUAUUAUGCGGUCGAAGCCGGUGAGCUUGAUAAAGCUACACGACUUCUCGAGGAGAUGAAACAAUUCAAUAUCCCCAUCCAUGGCUCCCUUUUCCUAGCCCUGCUGAAAGGAUUUGCCGCGCAUGGAGGCAUUCGAUACACAGACUGGACAUCUGAGCGCCUCGAAAGCGUCUGGAAAUCGUGUGUCUCGGCCGCCGGGAACGAGAACUUGGACGUGUUCCUCUCCAAAUGGAUGGUCGUAUGGGCACUGAAAGCAUUUUCAAAAUGCUGUGGGAAGAGAAGGGCUUUGCAAGCUUGGGAAGAGGUCAAGGUCCACUGGAAACCAGACGAGAUGGAGCUGGUGUUCGUGAUGGACAAACUUACUUUGUUGGUGAAAGAAGCGGAUAAGGAGUCCAAUGAGGAUUCCAAAGACAGAGAAUGGCUGUUGGGAGUGUAG